AUGGGAGUCCUCAUGCUCCUGGUCAUCGUCCUCUUCUACAAAAGAAACAAGCGCAGGUACGUACGGAGCCAAACGGCAGAUCCGUUGAUUCCCAGCUUGUGUUCGCAGCACAGUCACCAUCACCACCACCACCAACUUCAACUCCAGCAACACUUGCUUCCACAUCAACUAAGUUUGUUGCAGAGCAGUUACAAUGCCACCAGCGAAUUAAUUGACGAGGCCUCGCUGAACAACGACAACAACAACAGCAUCUACACAAUUUCAACAUUCCAACAAAGUUCUCCCCAGCAAUACCUCAUGCUAGGAUCGCACCACCACAACCAUCCACUCCCGUGUUACGAGCCUGUCACAGCCAGCAACUACAACGAUAACGUUGCAACCACCAUACGGUCAACGAGAGCAGUGAGACAUCAGCUUCCGAGCAAUCAACUUGAUCAAACCAAUGCGUGCUCACAGCAGCAGCAGCAACAACAACAACAGCCUCAUCAUCAGCCACUUCAACAACAGCAGCAGCAACACAAACAACAACCAACAAACACGUUGUUCCUGAAAAAUAUGCAACUCGCACCGAAAGUUGAUCGCCGGAAAGUAAAAGAAACAGCAGAUACAAAUGAUUUAUCAGAAAAUCAAAACAAGACAAACACCUUGAAGAAAUCUUUAAAAUCAUUCCAAAACAUUCCAACAACAGGAAUCACUCCGCCGCUGACAGGCACAACAACGACAACGUCGCUUUUUAAACCGGCACUCAUUUCUUCAAUGACAACCUCCAUAACAAAUAACGAACUCAACGAAAAUCUUCUCAACAAAAAAAAUACGACAUCUUCUCAACCUGAAUUUUGUAAUUGUUUCGGCAUCAAUAAUUCCAUCUGUCAGGACUGCAACCGAAUUGCACAAGUUAACACGAGCUCCAAAAACGCAACAACAAUCUCGAGAAAGAGCAGCAUAAAAACAAAUGAAAGCAAAAGUGGCAGCGCAAAUGGGCGGGAAACAAAUUACUUGUCUAACAUUGACCUUUUGGAAAGCAGCAAAGUUGCGUAUCAUCCGUCCGCUCUUUCCCCCUGUUGUCACUCGCACUCCUGCCAUCGAUCCUGA